AUGCCAAGCAUCUUUGGUGUCAUCUGUUUCCUCGGGACCUUUGGAAACUCUAUCGUCAUCUACACCAUUGUGAAGAAAACCAAGUUCUGCUCGCAGCAAACAGUACCAGACAUCUUCAUCUUCAGCCUGUCCAUCGCAGACCUCCUCUUUCUCCUCGGCAUGCCGUUUCUCAUCCACCAGCUCCUGGGUAACGGGUCGUGGUGCUUCGGGGGCACCAUGUGCACCGUCAUCACCGCUCUGGACUCUAACAGCCAGAUUGUUAGCACCUACAUCCUGACUGUGAUGACUCUAGAUCGCUACCUGGCAACGGUUCACCCAAUUCGCUUCAAACAUGUCCGAACGCCCUUCGUAGCCGGGGCGGCGGUGGCUCUGGUUUGGGUUUUUUCUCUUCUCUCCAUCACUCCAGUCUGGAUGUAUACAGGACUCAUGCGUCGGAGGGAUGGCUCAGUUGGAUGCGCCUUAUUGCUGCCCAACCCAGCGACAGACACAUACUGGUUCACCCUCUACCAGUUCUUCUUGGCCUUCGCUCUACCAUGGCUGAUCAUCUGUGGGGUUUUCUUCAAGAUUCUCCAGAAUAUGUCCGCGACAGUUGCUCCCUUGCCCCAGCGCAGCCUGAGGGUCCGGACCAGAAAGGUGACCCGUAUGGCGGUGGUUAUCUGCCUGGCGUUCUUCAUCUGCUGGGCCCCGUAUUACAUCCUGCAGCUGGCCCACCUCGGAGUACAGCGGCCCACUUUUGCUUUUCAGUACGCCUAUAACAUUGCCAUCAGCAUGGGCUAUGCUAACAGCUGCAUCAACCCGUUUAUCUACAUCGUGUUGAGUGAAACCUUUAAGAGGAAGUUCAUUGUGGCCGUGCAGCCGUCCCACUGCAGGGUCUUCAGAGUGGCCCCUGCUGCUCUGGCUGAUGGCAGCAUGAGUCUGAGGUUGGCUCCUGACAGCUCUCAACCCUCUCAGUCAGCAAGGGAACUGCUUCACAACAUGCCGCCUGUCACUGUGGCUGUGCACUGA